GUUCCCAGUAGGUUUGCGUCGAUCUCUUCCACGCGUGAAGCAGCGUAAAACUUUAGUCAUUAGAAAUACAAGUUAGCCACGUUUUAACUAKUUAUUUCCAGCAUGCAGCUUACACAAGAGCUGGAGCUUUACCCGGACACCACGGUGACACAAAUGCUUUUUCAACGAGUCCAAAACGCGAAAGAGUUGCGACAAAAAGCGGUGGAAGGUCGAAUAAACGGCGCCUUAAUCAACCCGACAAUGGUGUUGAGUCCUUUCCAGGUGAUGGUUGCUGCCAAUAAAGCUGUUCAUUUACAGACAACUGGGAAAAUGAAGACAAGGACUUUUAACUCUGAAAUAAUCUUCAGCCUGUCCCCUACUAAUAAUAUCUCAGAGUCCUUUAAAAGAUUUGGGAUCUCAGAYGGAGACGACUCGGUUCUGGUGGUCCUGGUUCACAAGAAAGACGACCCACCGUCUCUGUCAGACGUCGCAGACAUGGUGGACGGACAGCAGAUUCCUGCGGAGGACGUGUCCUCAUUAUCAGACACAGUAAAGAUCAGAAAGAUGUAUAAAAUCCCCCCUCAGGAGGACAAAUGUGGGAGUCUGCUGGACGCCGUUGUUUGCAGGAUGGCAGCUAAAGACGUCAUGUAGCCUGAGGACAUAGAGCAUUUUUAUUUUAAUGUUUUUGUCUUGUUUUGGCCUCAAAAUGUAGAUUUUUUUCACAAAGA